GUUGCUGAGCGUUUUCCGGUCAGCGUGACGACGCGGAUGCGCUGAAGACGGAGAAAGGGAAAAUAACAGAGGGUUUUAACUCCAGAUAUUGCUAUUUAAACAGAUAGAUAGCGAAUAUGAUAUUUGAGUGGUACGGUGUGAUCCGGUUAGAUAUCUGUAGGGAAACAAGCUAGUUACUCAUCAAAUCAAACAAUUAGUUACUUAGCGUUAGAUGUUUAGGAAGCUAGCAUUGCUAGCUAAAAGUAGCUGUCUACAUAGCAAAGUUAGCCCCAGUUGUAAUCUCAAAUCAUUUUUGGCUCCUUUGUUUAUUUUCAAAUUGGAUUUGUCUGUCAGACCAUCCAGUUGACAGACUGUCUGGUAUCGGUCGUGUGGCUUUCUGACAAUCUUGGAGUUCGACUUGGCGUGUUUUGUGUUUUUGUGAGAAUGGCAACAUCGGCCCUUUACGCGUGUACAAAAUGUAACCAGCGAUAUCCGUUCGAGGAGCUAUCCCAGGGACAACAACUGUGCAAGGAGUGUCGAAUCGCACACCCUAUUGUUAAAUGUACAUACUGCAGGUCUGAAUUUCAGCAGGAGAGCAAAACAAACACAAUCUGCAAGAAAUGUGCCCAGAAUGUUAAACAGUUUGGGACGCCAAAGCCGUGUCAGUAUUGCAACAUCAUUGCUGCGUUCAUCGGAACAAAGUGUCAGCGCUGCACAAAUUCUGAAAAGAAGUAUGGCCCUCCACAGACCUGCGAGCAGUGCAAACAGCAGUGUGCCUUCGACAGGAAAGAGGAGGGGCGGCGAAAGGUGGAUGGGAAGCUCCUGUGCUGGUUGUGUACUCUGUCAUAUCGCCGUGUGCUCCAGAAGACCAAGGAGCAGCGGAAAGGCCUGGGCUCGUCCCACUCCAACUCGUCAUCGCUCAGCGAAAAGGAGCACCCGAGACAGCAGCACCAUCACCACCACCACCAACACCGCCACAGCAGCUCACACCACAAGCUCAGUGGUAGCCUGAGUCCAGAGCAAGAGCAGGGAUUAUGGAAGCAGAGCCACAAAUCAUCAUCCAUUCAGAAGGAGACUCCAAAGAAGAAACCAAAGCUAGAGAUGAAGCCAUCAAAUGGAGACAGCAGCUCAAUUGCCCAGUCUGUGGAUUCAGGAGGAACGGACAACUUCAUCCUCAUCAGCCAGCUGAAGGAGGAGGUUCUGGGUCUGAAGAGACUUCUGCAGCAGCGAGAUCAAACCAUCUUGGACAAGGACCGGAAGCUCACUGAGCUGAAGGCAGAUUUUCAGUACCAGGAGUCAAAUAUGAGGGUGAAGAUGAACAACAUGGAGAAAGCCCAUAAGGAGUCCAUGGAGCAGCAACAGGCCAAAAAUCGUGAGUUGAUGAAACAAGUGGCUGCACUUUCAAAAGGGAAGAAGUUUGAUCGCUCUGGAAGUUCACUCCUGUUGCCGUAACACAAAUCAAUGGCAUGGAGAUGGGCUUCACCGUAUUGUCGCUUUGAGAUAAGAGGCUAAGCCUCUGUGUGCUCUCGAAGCUUGAUCGUUUUCUUUUCCUCGUUCAAACAAACAGAAGCUGUCACAGAUUUUAGAUUCUUUUAAAAUAUUUUUGACAGGAUUUUCAUGGAAUUGCUGACGUUUUUUUCGACCAGUAAGACAUGUCAAAGACCUCCACAGAUAGUUGGGUAGACUGUAAACAGCAGAGACGGGUCAGGCUCACCCACCAUUUUUUUAGGUUCUGUCUGUAUUUAUUCAUUUAUGUUUUAAUGUCUUUACUUCAAACACUUCAUAUGCAAAAAAAAAGAUUUUAUUGUUUUUUUCUCAUUUGUUUUCUUUUGGUUUUCCGUUUUAAUCAUGUAUACAUCUUCACUCGUAUUCCUGAAUCAUGGAAAUGUGGAAGUGGAUAUUUUUCCCCCACUUCUUUUGUCCAGCCCAGGACCUUGUAUGCAAAGACAGCUCAUCAUGAGAGACUGGUAGUGUCUGUUGAGCAUAUUUUUAACCUUCACUCCCAAACCCCGCUUCCCUACCCCCCAAUGUCUCGUACACUCUUUCUGUCGUGGAACGAUUGUAUAGAUGCAUGACUCCUGAACGGUAUUGUACUUUUAAGCCUGUUAUUACCAUAUUAUUCUGUUGUCUUUGAUUUGUAUGAAAUAUCCACAUGAUUUUAUUUGGUAGUGUGGACAGCCUUAUGUAUUUAUAAUGAUGGGUUUAGUGUGUCUAUACUGCCAGGCAGACUAAAUAGUAGUCCAAUAGGAAACACUUUAUAAAAGCUCCCUCUGUCUUAUUCUUUCACUUUUAAAUACAUAUUAUUUCCUGCUCUGUACAAAACUACAGUUAUGUAUUCUCUCCUUCCUCUUUUCUACAACUGUCUUUCUCUCCCCUUUCUCAUUCUCUAUCUGCGUGUGUGGACUGAGGGAUGAACUUCUUGCUGUGGUGUCUAGGAUCACCUUUUUUUACUACUUCCAAACCCAGGGAUAUUACAUCUGAAAACUCUACUGCAUUUCUCUGUGUGUGUGUGUGUGAUUGGCACAAAUAGGCACAUCCACAGUACUCUGGAAUUGGAUCUGUAAAAUAGUAUUUUAAAAGUACAUUUUAUUUGUGAAUUUUUUUUAUGGUUUUAAGAAGCAGACAUGUAAACAGACUUGAGUCAAAUUUCCCUUUUAUUUGAGCAUUUGUAUGUGAUACUGCAAUAUACAAAGUAUUUGACCAUUUCAAAAUAAAAUCCAGAAAAUUAUGUAUCCUAUUUCAUUUGGAUACGCAAAUACAAAACCA